AUGCCGAUCUACCGGAUCAAUGGUUACUGGGCACUUGUCGUUUAUUCGUCCCUGUGUGGGGCCGGGAGUUACGGUCAGUCAGUGGCGGAGCUCCGGGCCAUCGUGCGGGGGUGGCCUGGAGUCCGACUUACCGGGCGCCUAUUGCACCGGCCUGGCUGGACACUCGGGACCCAGCGGGGUCGAGUGGGCCCGACGAAAGGCGAAUCUGGCCCUGUGCCGGCCUUAGCGAAGACAUGGCCCCUUUCUCUGUGUAGCGAUUACUGCAAACCUGGCUAUCAUAAGAAAAAGAGGGAAGGGCAGCCAUUUUGCUGCUAUGAUUGUGUUCCAUGCCCAGGAGGGAAGAUUUCAAUCCAAACAAAUAUGGACAAUUGCAUCAAAUGCCACAGUGAUCAAUAUCCAAGCAAAAACAAAGACGGAUGCAUCGCCAAGACAUUAAGCUUCUUGUCUUUUGAAGAACCUUUAGGAAUUAGUUUGGCUUCCAUAGCUGUCUGUUUUUCCCUCAUCACAGCCACAGUGCUAGGAAUCUUCAUUAAGCACAAAGACACCCCCAUUGUCAAAGCCAACAACCGAGAGAUCACCUACGUACUUCUCAUCGCUCUCCUGCUCUGCUCACUUUCUUCUCUUCUAUUCCUUGGCCGACCAAGGAAGGUGACCUGCUUCCUCCGACAGUCUGCUUUCGGCAUCAUCUUCUCAGUGGCUGUUUCCUGUGUUUUGGCCAAAACCAUUACUGUGGUUGUAGCUUUCAUGGCCACCAAACCAGGGUCCAGCAUGAGGAAGUGGGUGGGGAAAUGGCUGGCUAACUCCAUCAUCCUUUCCUGUUCCCUUGUUCAAGCCAGCAUUUCUAUGGUGUGGCUGGCAACCUCACCACCUUUUCCUGAUUUUGACACAGAGUCUCUGACAAAAAGUAUGAUACUAGAAUGUAAUGAGGGGUCUGUCACUAUGUUUUAUAUUGUCUUGGGCUACAUGGGGCUUUUAUCCCUCAUCAGCUUCACGGUGGCUUUUCUAGCCAGGAAGUUGCCAGACAGCUUUAAUGAAGCCAAGUUCAUCACUUUCAGCAUGUUGAUCUUUUGUAGUGUUUGGGUCUCUUUUGUUCCAGCCUAUCUGAGCAGCAAAGGGAAAUCCAUGACAGCCGUGGAGAUCUUUUCUAUUUUGGUGUCUAGUGCUGGGUUACUAGGCUGUAUCUUUUCCCCCAAAUGCUAUAUCAUUGCAUUGAAACCUGAGCUGAACAGAAAAGAGGCACUAAUAAGGAGAAAAAAAUAA